AACUGAUGUCUUCCGGGUGAUAGCAGGGGGAUGACAACACUGUAGGGCCCGUUUUUCCAUUCAGAUUGUCUGUCAAACAUCGACAAAAAAGUAAGAUUUUUUUCCACAUAACAUUGUAUUUUCUUAAGCACAUUGACUACCCGUUUCGGGAAAAUAAAAAUAAUGACCUGACAGCAAUCACUCUAGUUCACUAACCCGUUCUUUGAGUUUCCUCAAGCUAAGUUAGCUUAGCUAGCAUUGAAGCUAACGUCAAUAAGGUGGAUCACGGUUGUAGUUUUACAGGCGUGGAGUUAGUUUGGAAGCCCAGCAGGAGGAAGCUGUUCAGUUUUAGGGCUGCAUCUCUGCUUUGGGGGUGCUUAUUCUUUAUGUCCUACUGGGAGGACCAGCUGCAGCACCAUGGCAGAUGACAAGGACGUAUUGAGAGAUGUUUGGUUCGGCCGGAUACCCACAUGCUUCACUCUGAACCCGGAUGAAGUGACUGAGAGAGAGGCAGAAGCAUACUAUCUGCUGCUACCCAGAGUGAGCUACCUGCCUGUUGUCACAGACAAAGUGAAGAAACACUUCCUCAAAGUGAUGAGGGCAGAGGAUGUGGAGGAGAUGUGGUUCGAAUAUGAAGGAACGCCGCUCAAAUGGCACUAUCCUAUUGGAGUUCUGUUUGACCUUCAUGCCUCUAAUACAGUCUUACCCUGGAACAUCACUGUGCACUUUAAGAAUUUUCCAGACCAGGAUCUGCUGCACUGCCUGUCAAAUUCCAUAGUUGAGGCUCACUUCAUGUCCAGCAUCAAGGAGGCGGACGCCCUCAAGCACAAGAGCCAAGUAGUCAAUGACAUGCAGAAGAAAGACCACAAACAGCUGUGGAUGGGGCUGCAGAACGAUAAGUUUGACCAGUUUUGGGCGAUGAACAGGAAGCUGAUGGAAUAUCCCACAGAAGAUGGAGGCUUUAGGUACAUCCCCUUCAGGAUAUACCAGACGCUGAGCGACAGGCCAUUCAUCCAGAAACUGUUUCGCCCUGUUUCGCCCGACUGCAACGUACACACACUUGGCGACCUGCUGAAGGAGAUGUAUCCAGAUGCUUUGACAAAUGAUGGUGAGCAAAAGCGCUAUCAAGUCCUGAUCCACGGCAUCGAGCCUCUGCUGGAAACUCCUCUGCAGUGGCUCAGCGAACACCUGAGCCAUCCUGACAACUUCCUGCACAUCUGUGUCGUCCCUGUGCCCACUGAUUGAGGCCGCGCCUCUGCACCUUGUCAUCCCAAGACUCAUCAGCCAAUCACCUGCCAACUGGAUAACCUCAGACAUGGUAGAACUUCAUUGUGGAAUCUUGGAACUAACAGACAUUAAAGGAGAAGAAUCAUAUUAUUAAUCACAAAUAUGAACAAGAUCUCCUUUAUUUGGUUUCAUUUCCAUCUGGUCACUGCUACUACUCCUCUCUCAGAAAUUUCACAAAGGAUGAAAGGAACUUUUCUUGUUCGAGGAGCAUCUCUUUAAGAAACAGGUGUCAAACUCCAGUCCUGAAGGGCCACUGCCAUGCAACUUUUAGAUGUGCCUCUGCUGCACCACACCUGAAUAGAAUAAUUAGGUCAUUAGCAGGACCCUGGAGAACUUAUCCACACAAGAAGGAGGUAAUUAAGCCUCUCUGUUCCAGUGUUUUGUACCUGUGGCACAUCUAAAAACUGCAGGACAGUGGCCCUUGAGGACUGGAGUAUGACACCCAAGCUUUAAGAGAAGCGAUUGCUUCUUUUUUUCCCUGUUUUUCUGUUUCAUAUAUUCUCCAAAUAACCAAAUAUAUACACUGGAGGUGAACAUUUUUAAAAUUUCCAUUUUCCUUUUGAUUUAAAAGACUGUCUUCGAGACAGGGAUGCUGUUCUGGGCAUUGAGGGGGAGGAUGUGGUGUCAGGUUGUGCUGAAGUUGCCUUAGUUAUUCACCGUCAUGCAUCAUGACUUAGAUGGUGUUGAUAAGUUUACAUCACAGUCUGGAAGUCACCUUUUUAAGAAUACUAAUAAAACUGUAAUAUUUCACCUAAAUAAAAAUAUAAGCUUGACCAGUGA